AUGAGGGUCCUCCUCCACCUCCCCGCCCUCCUGGCAUCUCUGACCUUGCUCCAGGUUGCAGUGCCCGCCGCACGUGCACAGGCCACCGUAGCUGCCGCCAUCUCUGAUGCUGUAAAACAGGCCAAGGUCCAAGUUAACAAGGCCUUCCUGGAUUCCAGAACCAGGCUGAAGACUUCCAUGAGCACCGAGUCUCCCACCAGUCGGGAACUCAUAGAAUAUCUCAAGCACGCUAAAGGGUGUACCCGCACGGCCAUCCGCAACGGGCAGGUGUGGGAGGAGUCCUUAAAGAGACUGAGGCAGGACGUGUCCUGGGCCAACGUCACAGACUGGGCCGUCCUCUCCCGUGAAGUGGGCUGCGGGGUCCCUGGCCCGGUGCCGAAAUGUGACCAGAACAGCCCGUACCGCACCAUUACCGGAGACUGUAACAACAGGAGGAAGCCGGCGCUGGGAGCCGCCAACCGGGCGCUGGCGCGCUGGCUGCCCGCCGAGUACGAAGACGAGUUCUCCCUGCCCUUUGGGUGGACGCCGGGGAAGACGCGCCGCGGCUUCCCGGUGCCGCAGGCCCGAGAGGUGUCCAACCAGAUUCUCGGCUACCUGAAUGAGGAGGGGGUCCUGGACCAGCGCACAUCCCUGCUCUUCAUGCAGUGGGGUCAGAUUGUGGACCACGACCUGGACUUCGCCCCCGACACGGAGCUGGGGAGCAGCGAGUCCUCUAAAGCCCAGUGUGACAAAUACUGUAUCCAGGGGGGCAACUGCUUCCCCAUCAUGUUCCCACCCGAGGACCCCAAGGUGAAGACCCAAGGGAAGUGCAUGCCGUUCUUUCGAGCUGGGUUUGUCUGCCCCACGCCACCCUACGAGUCCUUGACCCGAGAGCAGAUCAACGCGCUCACCUCCUUCCUGGACGCCAGCCUUGUGUAUGGGUCAGAGCCCAGUCUGGCCAGACGCCUCCUCAACCUCAGCAGCCCACUGGGCCUCCUGGCUGUCAACCAGGAGUUCUCCGACCACGGGCUGCCCUAUCUGCCCUUCGACAGCAAGAAGCCAAGCCCCUGCGAAUUCAUCAACACCACCGCCAGAGUGCCCUGCUUCCUGGCAGGAGAUUCUCGCGCCUCGGAGCAGACCCUGCUGGCUGUGUCUCACACCCUCUUCCUCCGGGAGCACAACAGGCUGGCCCAAGAGCUGAAGAGAAUCAACCCUUCCUGGGACGGAGAGGUGCUCUUCCAAGAAACCCGGAAAAUCCUGGGAGCCUUCGUGCAGAUUGUCACCUUUAGGGACUACCUGCCCAUUGUGCUAGGUGACGAGAUGCAGAAAAAGAUCCCCCCUUAUCAAGGCUACAGCGAAUCUGUGGAUCCCCGGAUUUCCAACGUCUUCACCUUUGCCUUCCGCUUCGGCCACUUAGAGAUCCCCUCCACAGUGUCCCGCCUGGAUGAGAACUACCAGCCGUGGGGCCCAGAGCCAGACCUCCCCCUGCACACGCUCUUCUUCAACACCUGGAGGAUAGUCAAAGACGGUGGCAUUGACCCUCUGGUGCGGGGGCUGCUGGCCAAGAAGUCCAAGCUGAUGGAGCAGAAUAAAAUGAUGACAGGAGAACUGCGCAACAAGCUCUUCCAGCCAACUCACCAGACCCAUGGCUUUGACCUUGCCGCCAUCAACAUACAGCGAGGCCGGGACCAUGGGCUGCCUGGGUACAACUCCUGGAGAGGCUUCUGUGGUCUCUCCCAGCCCAAGACACUGAAGGAGCUGGGCACCGUGUUGAAGAACAAGAUGCUGGCUAAGAAGCUACUGGAUCUCUACAAGACCCCUGACAACAUCGAUGUCUGGGUGGGAGCCGUUGCUGAGCCCAUGGUAGAGGGAGGCCGGGUGGGGUCUCUCUUGGCCUGCCUUCUGGGGAAGCAGUUCCGGCAGAUCCGGGAUGGAGACAGAUUAUAA